UUAUUAGUUAUGAUAGUAUUCUUCCUAUAUAUGGAAUAUCUCAAAAUCCAGAUACAAAGAAUUAUAUUAUGGUUUUUAAGUAUGCACAAGGUGGAAAUUUUAAUAAUUAUAUUAGCAAUCAUGUUUCAAAUUGGAUUUGGAGUCAUAGAUUAAAAGCAUUAAGUGACAUUAUUAAAGGCCUUAUAAAAAUUCAUAAAAAUAAGAUGGUUCAUCGUGAUCUUCACACAGGAAAUAUAUUAUCAUCAUUUAAUAAUAUUGGUUACUCUUAUGUUUAUUCAAAUUACAAUAUUGAAAUAUAUAUUUCAGAUAUGGGAUUAUGUGAAGAAGUCAAUAAUAUAGAUGAAACGAAAAUUUAUGGAGUUAUGCCUUUUGUAGCUCCUGAAGUAUUAAAAGGAAAACCCUAUACUCAAGAAUCAGAUAUAUAUAGUUUUGGCAUGAUUAUGUAUUUUACAGCAACUACAAGGCAACCUUUUGCCAAUGACGCUCAUGAUAAUAUUUUAGCAUUAAAGAUAUGUAAUGGAAAUAGACCUGAAAUAAAUGAACUAGAAGCACCAAAAUGUUAUAUUGACCUAAUGAAAAGAUGUUGGGAUUCAAAUCCAGAUAAGAGACCAAAUGCGAUUGAAAUAGAAGAAUUAAUUAAAUUAUUUUGUUCAGAUAAAAAUGAGGAAUUUAAAAAACAAUUUGAAGAAGCGGAAGAAUAUAGAAAAGCAAAUCCUUCAUCCAUUAAAAGUAAUCAAUUAAUUACUCAUCCACAAGCUUGUUAUACUUCUCGAUUACUUAAUCCAUAUACAAAAGAUCUUUCAAAUCUUUCAGUAGAAAAUUUUGAUUUUACAAGUGAUGCGGAUUAUAAUGAGUACUAGGGAUAUUUAUCAGAUAUAGAAAACGAUUUCUACGAUUAAUAUAAUUCAAUUUAGAAUAGCUGAUAGUUAAAUUCGCUGUAGUUAUUUUAUAUCUGUAAUUAUUUUUAA